AGAUGUGCUAUAAGUAUUGCCUUCUUAUUUUUAUGUCCGAGUUUGGAAAUCAAUAUGGCAAUAUGCAAUAUUUGAAAACUUUAUGUUUUGUAAAUUCUAAUACUGUAGCCUUAAUUCUAUUGUGUUUUGUCGUUAUUUUGAAAACUGAGUUUACGUUAUCAUUACAUUUGUUUUCAAGUUGAACUGUAUAUUAUCCAAAAUUGUAAAAUUCGAAAUGGAGGUUAUUUUCGAUAACACAAAACAACAUCCUUCUUGUCCACAUGGUCCAUGCCUUAUGUUUGAAAGAUAUAAUACAGCUGGGAUAAAAACAGGCAAAAAAUUUUUUGCAUGUUCAGCAUACAGACACAGAUCACUAUGUGACUUUUUCCAAUGGGUGGAAGAUAAGCCUUCUGCUGAAAUUGAAAAGUUUCGAAGAGAUAAAAUUGAAAAGAAAAAACCACCUUUUGCCCAUAAAGAAUAUAUAAAGAGACUGAAAGUUUUUAAUAAUCUUCCACUGACCGAAAGAAGAUAUUGCAAAACCUGUUCUCUCUUAAUUUUACCUGAGGAAAGCCAUGUAAAGCAUGAAAUAAUCGAUGUUAUCAAAGAAGAAUGCUUGCAGCCAACUAUUUUAUUGAAUACAUUACAAAAUAAAAAAGCAGAAGCACAGUACUUUUUCUCAGAGAAAACUGUUACCUUCAUUGUAACCUUAUUAAAGGACCUUGGUUUUACAAAACUAGUUUUAAUUGGAACUCCAAAGGUUCAUGAAUUUUUGGCAAAGAAGAGUUCUGAUAUUCCAGGCCUUUCUUCUUUUCUGAUGGAUGUUGAUUACCGAUAUAUGCAAUUUUAUGACCAAAAGCAGUUUGCUCACUAUAAUCUCUUUAACAAUCAUUUUUUUGGUGGUGAAUCCUCCAAAAAGAAAUUUUUUAAAUUUUUAACUGAGGGAAGUGAAGAAAAGACUGUUAUUUUAUUAGACCCACCUUUUGGUGGAUUAAUAGAUGCUAUAUCUCAUACUUUGAAAAAAAUGAAUAAGCUGUGGCAAGAAAUUAACCAGAAAACAACUGAAGAAAUGGUUCCACUGCUUUGGUUUUUUCCUUAUUUCUUUGAAGAAAGGAUUUUACAGAACAUACCUGAGUUGAUUAUGAUGGAUUAUAAGGUAGAAUAUGAAAAUCAUAAAAAGUAUGGUAUGAAUCUAACUUCCAAAGGCUCACCAGUUCGAAUAUUCACAAAUAUAAAACCAUCAUCAUUUAUUUUGCCAGAAAAUGAAGGAUAUAGGUUUUGUGAUAAAUGCCAAAGAUAUGUAUCUAAAGAAAAUCUGCAUUGUUUGAAGUGUGGUAAAUGUCCAACUAAAUAUGGUCCAACUUACAAGCAUUGUAAUUUGUGCUGUAGAUGUGUGAAAAGUACACAUAAUCACUGUGAUCUGUGUAACCAAUGCAGUCUUUUUUGCACAUGUCCUGAAAUUUCAAGCUGUCAUUGCAAAUGCAGACAUAGUGAAAAAGAUAAAAAGACCUCUAAUACAUGUCAUAAAUGUUUUGGUAUUGGGCAUCGCAAACGAAGUUGCCCUUUUGCUCUAAAAAGGCAAACCAAGAAGAAACAAAACAAAAAUUUAUGAGCAAUGUUUGAUAUUUAUGUUAUAUAAUUAAAAUAUAUGUUUACUGUUUUGUCUUUGUCAAAAGUUUAUCUUCAACAGGAACAUAAAUUUUAAGCAUACAUUUGUAUAUUAUCAGAUU